CUCUCUGGAGCUCAGUAACACUCUUACUUGUUAUUCUACACUACACACUAUCUCGUGCACUAAAGGAACAUCAGGGGUUUGGGAUUUAGCAUGUGUCUCAGAUUAUUUAGUCACCAUUAUUUCACUAGUAAUCGGUGAACCUAUAGGUUUUUAUGUGUAUAUACAGUGUAAUAUUAAAGAAGAAUUAAAAGAUAAAUAAUUAUACAUUUAAUGUCCUUUAAAUCCAUUCCAGACAGUAUAAACUGAUGGUAAGUAACCUGAAGAGAAAUGUGAGGAAUAACACACAAUGAGUCAUGCUGUUGUACAGAAAUAAUCAAUGCUGGGGUGAGUUAUUUCCACAUAAAAGCAGAAAGUGUUUUAUUCCCCACAGGGAUCUGCCUAUGAUUACAAUUAUAAUAUUAUGAAUGAAUCCUUGUAGGUUUUAUUAAUUUAAUUUAAUUUUAUUUGUACAGAAAAUGUAUUAAUGAUGUUACUACCACAAGAAAACUUAUCAUAUGUCCUUAUCAGAAAUGCUGAAUGGAGAGUCUGUGAGGUCUGCAAGUCUUUCUUUUUCAACAAAUGUGAGGUUCAUGGUUCUCCCCUCUUCAUCCCUGAUACCCCUGUCCCUAUGGGGGUUCCUGACCGAGCCAGACAAACUCUUCCUCCUGGAAUAGAGAUUCAGGAGUCCGGUAUUCCUAAUGCAGGACUUGGAGUGUUUAAUUAUGGGCAGACUGUUCCAGUAGGUGCACACUUCGGACCCUACCAGGGAGAGCUGGUGGACAGAGAGGACGCCAUGAACAGUGGGUACUCCUGGGUGAUACGCAGGAGCAGUCAGUGUGAAGAAUACAUUGAUGCCAAAAGAGAAAUGUCUUCAAAUUGGAUGAGGUUUGUGAAUUGUUCACGUAAUGAGGAGGAACAGAAUCUCGUAGCAUUUCAGUAUCGAGGGGGAAUUCUGUAUCGAUGCUGUCAACCUAUUUACCCUGGCCAGGAGCUCUUGGUGUGGUUUGACGAGGACUAUGCCAAAGACCUCUGUCCUGUGUUUGAAGUCCUCUGGAACCAAAAGUGUUCCUCCAAUGAAGUAAACAAUGCCCUGUUGCAAGUCUUUUCCUGCUCCAUAUGUCCUCUUUCCUAUGCAUCUCAAAUUUACCUAGACAAACACAUUCAGAGAUGCCACUCUGAAGAGUAUGGGAGACUGCAGGAAUCAAGAGAGAUUAAACAUAAGCUUCAGAUUCCCUCCCAUAGCUCCAGUAGUCAGCCAACAUCAUCUUAUACUUUUAGUUCUGGCACAUCUUACAAUGAUAUACAGAAAGAAAUUCACAACUGCUUAGACUGCGGAAAGACUUUUGGUCAUCAGAAUGCUCUAAAAACACAUCGCCGCAUUCACACCGGAGAGAAGACUCAUCAUUGCUCAGAGUGUGGCAAGAAUUUUACUCGUCAGAGUACUCUCUUAGUCCACCAGCGCAUUCACACAGGAGAGAAGCUUUUUCACUGCUCACAGUGUGGCAAGAGUUUUACCCGUCACAGUACUCUCCAAGGCCACCUGCGUAUUCACACAGGAGAAAAGCUGUAUCAAUGUUUGCAGUGUGGAAAGAGUUUUACCUGUCAUAAUCAUCUCCAAAGACACCAGCGCAUUCAUACAGGAGAGAAGCCAUAUAGCUGCUCACAGUGUGGGAAGAGUUUCAGUCAACAGAGUCAUCUUCAACAACACCAGCACAUUCAUACAGGAGAAAGACCUUAUCACUGCUUACAGUGCGGAAAGAGUUUUAAUCAACAGAAUCAUCUCCAAAAACACCAGCGCAUUCACACAGGAGAGAAGCCGUAUCAUUGUUUACAGUGUGGGAAGAGUUUUACUCACCAGAGCUCCCUGUAUAAACACCAGCACAUUCACACUGGAGAAAAGCCAUACCAGUGCUUACAGUGUGGAAAGAGUUUUACCCACCAGAGCUCUCUGUAUAAACACCAGCUUGUUCACACAGGAGAGAAGCCGUAUCACUGCUCACAAUGCGGAAAGGAUUUUAAACAACAAAGUCACCUUCGAAUACAUCAGCGUAUUCACACAGGAGAAAAGCCGUAUCAGUGCUCACAGUGUGGGAAGAAUUUUAAUCAACAGAGUCAUCUCCGAAUACAUCAGCGCAUUCACACAGCAAAAAAGAAGCACCACUGCUCACAAUGUGCAAAGAGUUUUACUCAUCAACGUUCUUUUCAACUACACCAGCGCAUUCACAUAGGAAAGAAACCGUUUAUUUGCUUAAAGUGUGAAAAAAAAUUUAUUCAUAAGAUAAAUCUUCAACGACAUCAGAGAAUUCACACAGGAGAGAAGUCUUAUAUCUGCUCAAAGUGUGGAAAGCGUUUUACUCACAAGAUAAAUCUUCAACGACAUCAGCGUGUUCACACAGGAAAGAAUAUAUGUUUAAAGUGUGGGAAAAGUUUUUAUCAUAAGAAAAAUCUUUGUCUGCACCAGCGCAUUCACACAGGAAAGAAACCAUUUUUUUGCUUUAGGUGUGGAAAACGUUUUUCUCAUAAGAUAAAUCUUCAGCGACACCAGAGCAUUCACACAGGAUAGACUCCGUACCAGUGGUUAUGGAUGGAAAGCUGUUCAUUCGAAAGGGUGAUCUACUUCACCAGCACAUUUACACAGAAAAGAAAGUAUUUUACUGACCCGAGUAGUCACCAAAGGCAUCCGAGAAUUCAAGUCUCUGUACAUUCUAACUGUUUCUAUGAUGUAAUCAACACAGUCUCUAUACAACUUUACAUCACCAUUGCACUCUAAAUUUAUUUUAACAGAACUACAAAGCCUUAUGCUAGGGUGCUCUACAACUUUGCAUCAGAGUUGGCCGGGGUAAGUUAUCCCCCAAAAACGUGUUAAAACAGCAGCCUGUUACAUCCCAGUAAAUUAACAAAUCGCAGGAAGCACCUAAAUUUGCCAUGAAAUGUUGCCAAAUCUACAAAAAAGCACUUUUUGUUUUUCAGUAGAAAGGGAAAAGUUGGAAAUUUGGCUUUAAAGAUUUUUUAAAUACCCCUUUUGCUUACAUCUAAGUCUUUAUAAAUAGUUCUAACUGUUAAUUUGAAAGUUAUUUAAAAACAUAUUUCAUGCAUUGAAAAACAGCUCACAUGGACAGCAUUGUAAAUAAUUUAUAGGAGUGUUUGGUAAUCAUGAAAAAUUCUGAAAUGUCGAUUCCUACACAUAAUACGACUAAUUUAAACUUUGAUCAUUGCUCUCCAGGAUGCAGAUGUAAUGUUUAAUCACCUGGAAUGAUUCACAUCCACAAUCCUAGUGCAAAAAUAUUAACAUUUUAUGAAUAAGAAGGCAUGUAUUUACAGUUUAGGGCACUGCUUUUUACAGGAGCAGUCCUGGACUUUUUGUCCCUUUUUUUUGUUCUCAUCCUCCUCACACAAGCACUGAUGAAGGC